AACUUAUAAACCAGGAAAAAAUAUAUAUCAUUGUGCAUAUUUAUUAUUUUACUAAUACCUGCCCAGAGGGUAUGUCAGUAAUGAUGUCAUACAGGUACAUUCCGAGUUAUGUAAUUAAGGGAACCAGGAAGUAUGAUGGUGAGCAAGGCUGGACUACUGUCCUCUUUUGUUUUUACUUAUGUUUUUUUUCACCCUCAAAUAAUUAUUUUUCGAAAUGCUGGAACUAACCUAGGGGGCAUAACAGGAGAUGCAGGGAAAUGCUGCAAGCGUUAAGCACAGGCAGGCACCAAAGUUUUUUAUGUUGUCACCGGACGGAAUUAAGGAAAAGCCAUCCUUCAGCCUGCAUGAGCUGCAGCCUGAAGCUCCAAAACUGAAGGACUACGUAAGGUUCGUGUGUAUCUCUGAUACCCAUUUUGCAAACAAUAUUCCACUGCCUGAAGGGGACGUUCUGAUCCAUGCAGGAGAUUUUUCGGACUGGGGCAGAAGACAAGAAAUUGAAAAGUUCUGUGCAUGGCUAGAUGUCUGCAAUUUUGAAAAGAAAAUUGUUAUUGCUGGCAACCAUGACUUAUCUCUUGAUAAAUACUUUAUGGAGGAAUUUCUAAAAAUAGACCCUGGUUUUAAUGCUAUGUCCUUGUUGAGUAACUACUGCACAUACCUACAGGAUUCCUUCACAACUGUUAAAGGGUUGAAGAUUUAUGGAUCUCCUUGGAUACCAGAAUAUGGAGCUUGUGGCUUUAGUACUCUUCGGAAAAAUCUGAAGGAGAUAUGGCAGAAAAUUCCCAUUGACACUGACAUUUUGAUUACACACUUUCCACCAUUUGGAAUUUGUGACAAAGUGCCUGCAGUUGGGCAUGUUGGAUGUGAGGCCUUAACAACUGCUGUGAAGGAAAUAAAACCAAUGCUACACGUGUUUGGUCAUAUUCAUGAGGGAUAUGGAUACAGCUUUAAUGGAAAUACACUGUUUGUGAAUGCCUCUAUUCUUACCAAGUCACGGUUACCUGUGAACCCACCAUUUGUAAUAGACCUGCCCAUUCCUUCACAUAAUGUUGAUGUAUCUUUGGAACCCCAGGUUUCAAAAGUUCUCAACCAAGCGAAGCAAAUGGUGCUGUGUGAGGGCUGUAAUGGCUGCUUCCAUCAAUGAUGUGACAAUAUAUCCUCAUAACAAGACAUAAAGAGGACAGGAGGCAGUUAAAUCCAAUGCUGUCGGUGGUGGCACAGCACACGUCACAGGCACCUCUUGUAGUCCUAUUACACCAGUGCCACAAAUCUGCUUGCAUUGCAACCAGUCAUUUAGUGCAGUGUCCUUUCUGGACUUUAACUCACCAUUUUAUUUCAGUAAAUGUUAUACUUCCUUGGAUUAUUUAUAGUUACAAUUCAGAUCUGAUGCUAUACAGCACAAUAAAAGUUCUACUUUUUAUUCCAA